CCCCCAGCUUUUUGUUUCCAGGAGCCGGUAUCUGGCCGAGUCGUUGGUGUCUUCUCUUUGUGAUCUCGUUUUACUCUUGUGUUUACAAAUAUUACGGGAAACACCUGCGCUUUAGCUCCAGUUUCAUUUUAAAGAGAUCAUAUUUGGACGUCUAGUCGACAUUUUUGGUUUUGGCAUUUGUACUUCCCUGGACUACAGGCGGAUUUUGUCUUCUGUCUGGAUGAAAGGAUUCCUGCCGCAUUUUUUUGUUCCUGCAACGCGGACACGCAGCCCAACAAGCAGCGACGGGAAGCUCCUUCUAUCGGAAUAAAACAUAACAAGCCGUGUUCGCCGAGCUUCGCCGUGCUGGAUUGGAUUGAAGGAAUGCUGCUGUCCAAGCUGAAUUCUCUGGCUCACAUCUCCGCUGUGGAUAUGCCAGCGAAAAUGCAGCUCCAAGUUCAGCAAGUGAAGGAGAAGGAGCCUUUCGAGAAGCUUUAUCAGGUCGGUGCAGUGCUGGGGAGUGGCGGCUUCGGCACAGUUUACUCCGGUACGAGGACUUCCGACGGAGCUCCGGUCGCUGUCAAACAUGUGGCCAAGGACAGAGUGACGGAGUGGGCCGAACUGGCUAAUGGGUCGCGGGUUCCGCUGGAGAUCUUGCUCCUGAAAAAGGUCGGCACGGGCUUCCGCGGCGUCAUCAAGAUGCUGGACUGGUUCGAGCGGCCCGACAGCUUCAUCAUAGUUAUGGAGAGGGCCGAGACCGUCAAGGACCUGUUCGACUUUAUCACCGAGAAGGGCGCUCUGUCCGAGGAGCUGGCGCGGAGCUUCUUCCGCCAGGUGCUGGAGGCCGUGCGGCACUGCCACAGUUGCGGCGUGGUGCACCGAGACAUCAAGGACGAGAACAUCCUCAUUGACCUCCGCUCCGGCGAGAUGAAGCUCAUCGACUUCGGCUCCGGGGCCCUGCUCAAGGACACCGUCUACACGGACUUUGACGGCACAAGAGUGUACAGUCCACCAGAGUGGAUCAAGUUUCAUCGCUAUCAUGGCCGUUCCGCCACAGUUUGGUCCCUGGGCGUCCUGCUGUACGACAUGGUGUGUGGAGACAUCCCGUUUGAACAUGACGAGGAGAUCAUGAAAGCACAAGUUUUGUUUCGGAGGAAGAUCUCCACAGAAUGCCAGCAGCUGAUCAAGUGGUGUCUAUGUCUGAGGCCUGCUGACCGCCCGUCCCUCGAGGACAUCAUCAACCAUCCGUGGAUGCAGAACACAUCCCCAUCGGUGGUACCCUCCACAGUGCAGACAGAGAAGUCGGCGACGGAGAUCAGGCUGCACAGCAUCGCUCAUGAGCCCACCGCCUUCAUAUCCACCACGGUGGCUGUGGCCGUCGCCCGGUGAUUGGGCUCAGCUCCAGACUCACCUGAUCUGAACUUUACUGCACUGACACAAAGAGACUAUUACAAAAGACUUGCGUAAUAGACUUGAAAGACAGAGGGGCAGGGUAAGUGUAAUGACCGAGGCCUUCGCAGAACCUCUCUGCUCGCAGCUAUGCGGGCCCAGGCGCCAGGAGGGCGCGCACAGAAACCCUCGGUCGAGCAGCACGUGGUACAGCCGUCCUGUGCGACAGCAAGGAGAUGGUCCGGGUUAUGUAAUCUCUCACCACGCAGCAUUCCGCUCGUUUCCUCUGAACAGGAAGAGUGGAGGCGUUGGUGAGGAGUUUAAAAAAGUGCCUUAUGUGAGAUUGUUUUAGGGAAGGGGAGCCUGAAAAUACUUGAAUUUAUGAACAAACAAAAAGACACCCUUUUUUUUUCUUAUUUACUCUUUACAAGGCUUGUUUUUCCUCUCAUGGGCCUAGAUCAGUAAAGCCUGUGUCAUUUUUACAACCACUACUAUCACCACUACUCCAAUGUCAUUAGCAACCAGACGACCUCAUAGCGCCGGCAGCAACUCGUGCAAACAAAAUCAAGAGGAAAAAAAAACACUGGACUUACCUCAUGUCUGUUUACUUCAAACCUCCACCUCUUCUCUACAACCUGUCCUUCCUCCUCUUCCUGUGUUGUACUGUAUACAAACACAAGGCUUAAGUCAAAAGCGUUCAUUCGCACAAAACAAUGCAAAGCUGACCACACCGAGAUACAAACACCUCCUGCUCUUCAAAGGCUUCGAUUUUUGGGGGGGGGGGGGGGUUCGAAAGAAAUAUGCCUCGUACAUGUCUUAAAAAUUCAGUGGGGGAAAAGAAUUGUACAUAAGAAUGAUAUUUAUUAUUGUCGUGACAGCUUUCCCACAAGCAAUGAGCUACUUUUUUGGGGGAGGGGGGGGGGCAGAAUUUAUUUAUUUAUUUAUGAGAGAAUUUCAGCUGUCUAUGAAUGUAUAUAUUUCAUUCCACAGUCACUGAAGGGCCCACAGAUUAAGAGAAAAACAAAGAUGGAUUUUUGUGUUUUGACCAUAUUUAUUAUGGCUUGAAAUCUACAAAGAGCAGAUGUGUGUGUAUGUUUGUGUAUGUCAUGUAAAUAAAGUGUAAAUAGUCAUGAGAAGCACUUCCAUUUUUAAUGUAUGUAAACAUCCAAUAUCUACUGAUGGUAACCAGCAUCGUUACGCUGGUUUUGAGUGAAUGGUGUGUGUGUGUGUGUGUGUGUGUGUGAGAGAGAGAGAAAGCUCGCUGCACAAUCGCAGCUUGGAUUGUUUUUGUUUUUCCACCCCUCGAUUUAGAUUUGUAAAUUAUGUUAGAAGCUAUUUUUAUAUGAUUUCAAUAAAUAUUUUUUUUAACUCGA